CUUUUACACAGAAAUUAAGAUGUUUUAGGGCGCCUGAAAGGUCACGUGUUCUGCUUCAAUAUUACAAACGCUGACCUGUUUUCUACAGUAGCACAUUCAGAACGUCAUUAGGAGACAGACGCAGCGCAUAUUUCAAAUACGUCGUUUUUAUGCCGGAUUUAAAAGACUGUAAGAGUAUUUUUCCUAGAAUGGCCUCGAGGAUCCUGGAUGAGGUGAUGAUGGACGCUGCACUGAUAAAAGAAUUAGCCGGAGUUGCAAAGGACACAGCACUUCUUCAGGGAGUGUUGAUGAGGACCAAGGAGAGCCCAAACUCAUCUGAGUUGGUGACAUAUGCUCCAUUCACUCUCUUCCCUUCGCCUGUGCCCAAGUCCGUGUUCCUUCAGGCUCUUUCGGUUCAGACACACUUCAACACGUUGGUGGACAAGAUCAGCCAGGAUAUUGACUUCCUGCAGGAGGCUUUAGCCAGCACAAUAGAAGUGGAUGAUUUCACUGCCAGGUUGUUCAAGAUCCACCAGCAGAUCCUAAAAGAAGGAAGAUCUCAGUCCAUCGUGUUGGGUCUUAAUCGUUCUGACUACAUGUUGGACCAGAGAGAGGACCAAACGUCUUCUCUGAAGCAGAUAGAGAUCAAUACUAUUGCUGCCAGCUUUGGUGGCCUCUCCUCACAAACACCAGAGGUACACAAGCACAUCCUGAAGGUGGCUGGGAGGCUGGAGGAGAGUCAACGAAUCCUGGACAACAACCCUGCAGCUGGUCUGGCCAGAGGACUGGCCAAAGCCUGGGAGCUGUAUGGAUCAGAUAGGGCGGUGGUCAUGUUUUUGGUGGAGGAAGUCCAGAGGAACAUCUUUGAUCACCGAUACAUUGAAGGCGAACUCUGGAAGAGAAACAUUCCCACAGUAAGAAAACGGUUUGAUGACAUCUAUAAAACAGGAUCUCUUGAUCCAGACAAGAGGCUUUUUGUGGAUGGAAAAGAGGUGGCGGUGGUGUACUUCAGGAAUGGAUACAUGCCGCAGAACUACACUAAUGAACAGUGCUGGGAUGUUCGUCUCAUGAUGGAGCGCUCUCAGGCUGUAAAAUGCCCAGACAUCGGCACUCACCUGGCAGGAACCAAGAAGGUCCAGCAGGUGUUGGCCCGACCCGGAGUUCUGGAGAGGUUCUUCCCUGAUCAGCCUCAGGCAGUGCAACAGAUGAGGGAAACAUUUGCUGGCCUCUACACUCUAGACAUGGGACCAGAAGGUGACAAAACUGUAGCAAUGGCUUUGGCAGAACCAAACCGGUUUGUUCUGAAACCUCAGCGAGAAGGAGGAGGUAACAAUAUCUAUGGUUCGGAGAUCGUCAAGGUUCUCAGGGAGGUGAGGGGGAGCACGGAGCGGACGGCAUACAUCCUGAUGGAUAAAAUUAACCCCGCUCCCAUUGAGAACUACCUACUGAGGAGAGACUCUCCCCUCGUCAUCAGUAACUGUCUGAGUGAACUGGGAGUGUUUGGAGCCUACGUAAGGCAGGGGGCGCACAUGGUGAUGAACGAGUGUGUGGGUCACCUGCUGAGGACCAAGAGCUCAGAACACGCCGACGGGGGGGUAGCUGCGGGUGUGGCCGUUCUGGACAAUCCUCUACUCGUCUAACGCACACAAACAUGUCACACUGAUUCAAUCUGAGUCCAGAAAGAGAGACAUCACAUUCUCUUUCUGUGCAAGUUAGAGUUGUGUUUGAUACAUUUCUAUUUCAGAUCAUAAAA